AUGGCUGCGCGCCGCGCCGCCACCCUCGCCUGCUCGCUGCUGCUCCUGUCCGCCGCUCUGCUCCGCCGCGGCUGCCGGGCGCGCUUCGCCGCGGAGCCCGACUCGGAGCACGACGAAGAGGAGCCGGAGGUUUUCCCCGAGUCGCCGGUACAGAGACCCACCGUGCUAGUGGCCAUCCUCGCCCGCAACGCGGCGCACGCGCUGCCUCACUUCCUCGGCUGCCUGGAGCGGCUGGACUACCCCAAGAGCAGGAUGGCCAUCUGGGCAGCCACAGACCACAAUGUGGAUAAUACAACAGAAAUACUCAGGGAGUGGUUGAAAAAUGUACAGAGAUUCUAUCACUAUGUGGAGUGGAGGCCUAUGGAUGAACCAGAGUCUUACCCUGAUGAAAUUGGACCAAAGCAUUGGCCAGGCUCCCGAUUUGCCCAUGUGAUGAAACUACGGCAGGCAGCCCUUCGAACUGCGAGGGAAAAAUGGUCAGACUACAUUCUGUUCAUAGAUGUGGACAACUUCCUGACUAAUCCACAAACCCUCAGUCUGAUGAUUGCAGAAAACAGAACCAUUGUGGCACCCAUGCUGGAGUCUCGGGGCCUGUACUCUAAUUUCUGGUGCGGAAUCACACCUCAGGGCUUCUAUAAACGCACCCCAGACUACCUUCAGAUCAGAGAAUGGAAGAGGAUGGGCUGCUUUCCCGUCCCCAUGGUUCACUCCACCUUCCUGAUUGACCUCAGGAAGGAAGCCUCUGACAAGCUGGUGUUCUAUCCCCCACACCAGGACUAUACCUGGACCUUUGAUGACAUCAUUGUCUUUGCCUUCUCCAGCCGGCAAGCAGGCAUCCAGAUGUACGUCUGCAACCGAGAGCACUACGGCUACCUGCCCAUCCCCCUGAAGCCCCAUCAGACCUUGCAGGAGGACGUCGAGAACCUCAUCCACGUGCAAAUAGAGGCGAUGAUUGACGGUCCUCCAAUGGAACCCUCCCAGUUUGUUUCAGUUGUCCCUAAAUAUCCAGACAAGAUGGGAUUCGAUGAGAUUUUCAUGAUCAACCUCAAGCGCAGAAAGGACAGGCGGGACCGGAUGUUACGCACCCUGUACGAGCAAGAGAUUGAGGUCAAGAUUGUCGAGGCUGUGGAUGGAAAAGCACUCAACACAAGUCAGCUGAAGGCCCUGAAUAUUGAAAUGCUGCCCGGAUAUCGAGAUCCCUACUCCUCUAGGCCUCUCACCAGGGGUGAAAUCGGCUGCUUUCUCAGCCACUACUCUGUCUGGAAAGAGGUGAUCGACCGAGAGCUGGAGAAGACCCUGGUUAUUGAAGAUGACGUGCGCUUCGAGCAUCAGUUCAAGAAGAAGCUGAUGAAGCUGAUGGAUGACAUUGACCGGGCUCAGCUGGAUUGGGAACUGAUUUACAUCGGCAGGAAGAGGAUGCAGGUGAAGGAGCCGGAGAAAGCGGUGCCCAACGUGGGGAAUCUGGUCGAAGCCGACUACUCCUACUGGACGCUGGGCUACGUCAUCUCCCUGGAAGGAGCACAGAAGCUGGUUGGAGCUGAUCCCUUCGGGAAGAUGCUGCCAGUGGACGAGUUCCUGCCAGUCAUGUACAACAAGCAUCCUGUAGCUGAGUACAAGGAGUAUUACGAACCCAGGGACCUGAAGGCCUUCUCCGCGGAACCCUUGCUCAUCUACCCCACGCACUACACGGGCCAGCCAGGGUAUCUGAGUGACACGGAGACCUCGACCAUCUGGGACAAUGAGACAGUAGCCACCGACUGGGACAGGACCCAUUCCUGGAAGUCCCGGAAGCAAGGUCACAUCCACCGCAACGCCAAGAACACAGAGGCCCUGCCGUCGCCAACCUCCCUGGACACGGUGCCUUCGAGGGAUGAGCUAUGA